AAUUCGUACAAUAAAUUCGCGAGUGGAGAGUUUAUAUUUUUUUACACAAAAUGAAGUGGUUUUUGCUCGUUUCAUUCACAAUCUUAUUGCACUCAUCCCUGCAAUCCUGCGUAUCGAAACGCGGUGUAACAACCUGCACGGAGAACGCGCUACCCAGGAGCGGCCCGAUGAGAAUCGAAAACUACCAAAACUUGGUCGAAUUUACCCCGGGACAUUUGCGGAUUAUUCCCAGCGGAAUCUUUCGAUUGUUGACAGAAUUGAAGAUACUCUUCCUAAGCAGUAACGAAAUAUCUACCGUCGAAAUUGGAGCUUUCGAUGGGUUGUACAACUUGGAAAAAUUGUCGCUGUACGCCAACAAACUGGAAACUAUCCCGGCAGGCGUGUUUAGAGAUUUGAGGAGCUUGAAAGAGCUGAACUUGGGCAUGAAUCAAAUCGCUAGCAUAUCAGAAGACGCUUUCGCUGGUUUGCUUCAAUUAGAGGUGCUCAAUCUGGGCUUCAACCAAUUAUCAACCGUUCCAGAAGCUUUGAAAAUGCUGCGAACUCUUAAAGUUCUCAGUAUUAAAAACAACCAACUGAAAAAAAUCCUUCCUCAUUCGUUUGGAACAUUGGGAAGUUUGGAAAUUUUAAAUUUGUCGGACAACGGUAUUACGGAAGUACAAAAUAAGGCUUUUAAAGGUCUAAUUAAAGUCGAGGAAUUGGAUUUAAAGUCGAAUUAUUUGGCCAAGUUAAAUAUUCAGGAUAUUUUGGAGGACUUGAGGGAAUUGAAGACGCUAAAAUUAGCCGUGAAUUCGUUCAGUUGUAACAAUUUGAAGGAGAUUGACAAUGUGUUAAAGAGAAAAAGGAUUACAUUAGCGAGUGGGUAUUAUAAUAAACCCGGGAGUAAAACGUACAAUGGAAUGGUUUGUACAGUGUAAUUAAUUUUAAAAAUUGUUAUAUAUAUCGGGGAAUAAAACAUCAGGAUAUUUACAAUGGGC